AUGAUAUCGAGCGAAGCACCGAUUACAGCAAUCACCGACAAGACUGCAGACGAUGAUGCGUCGGAUGUGACUGUGGAAAGUAUUCUUCAAAAUGUCCCACUGGAACAAGGACUUCAGCAAGGGCUUCAGCAGCAACAACAACAGCAACAGCAGCAACAAGAAGACGAUGAAGUACGAUCUCAGUCGUACCUUCCUCAACAACUUCAACAAUCCAAACCUGCUGCUCCCAAAUUGUCUCAACUACAAGAGAAAUGGAACCAAUCCUUUGCAAGUUCCGUUGGUUCGGUCCAAUCGGGGGAUUCGCCAGUCGUCUAUGCCAGGGCUGUGAACUUGCCGACUGUUCGCAGUUCCUUGCCCACCACUACUACGGGUACAAAAAUGGACAAUACUAAAGGGCGACCGCCCGUCAAGGUUCGUGUGACGACCACUAACACGGGGAAGCCCAUUACUCCAACUCGAGCCGCUACUUCCAAUAAUACUGCUGCCAAUCGAAUACUGUCAAACAGCAAAGCACCUCCCAGGACUGCCAACAAAACACCGCCCAGGACUGCCAAUAAAACACCACCUCGAAAGAGCACAAAGUCGUCCAGAAUGUCCGCAGCACUAAAUCAUCAGCAUCAACCCACUCCUCCUCCUCCCGAUAUGAAUGCUGGCCUGUAUAUGUUUGCCCAAAUGGGACCUGACGGUUCACCACCCAAAGCAAUCAUUGAAACCUUUCAGGGUUCUUGUCAGUGCGGCGAAAUACAGUUGCAAGUCCGAUUGCCCAGUCAUGACGACAAACUUUUGUUGGAAGUCGAAACCACCCCGGAAGAGAUCGCGGCCGAAGAAAAGAUUUAUUAUCGCUACAUCAAGGCACGACAAAAAGAUUUUGACAUUACCAAAGGACAAGCCCGCAUGUCAACCUAUUUUGUCACCAUGUCGGCGCCUCCCAUUUUGGUAUCUUCGACUGCUGCUGCUGCUUCCACUUCUUCUUCUUCUCCAUCCGCUGCCGCUGCUUCUGCUGCUUCCCAAAAAUCCAAAUUCUUCAUUCGACCCAACCAGGACAAUACUUCUCCUCGAUCCCAUUCGAAAGGCGCUCGCGUCUUUUGUCCCCAAUGUGGCGUUCACGUGUUGUACAUUCCCGGCAAGAAUGCUCCUCAUUUGCACCUCAACAUUAAUUGCUUCCCCACCUUGGCCAAACAAUAUCCACCGCCGCCACCACCUCCCAAAUCACGCACAUUGGAACGAGAAGCUUGGUUUUGGGAUCCCAAGACCUAUUCGAAAUACUUGAAGAGCACCAAUACUUCGGAAGGACCUACUGGCAUUGCCUUCUUGGAUCGGUGUUGGCAAUUGAUCCAAGAACAUUUGAAAGAGUACUUGCCAUCGGUACAAGACUUUUUGGCGAACGUUUUAAUGCCUCCUCCAUCGAGUACUACUACUACUACUACUACUACUACCACAUCUGCCAAUAAUAUUAUUGUUGACAAUAAGAGCAUCAAAGACAGCAGCAGCAGCAGCAAGGGAGAAGAACCGGAUACACCUCAUAGUAUUAGAGAAAGCGUCGUCAUGGCCUUUGAAGGGAUUCCUACUCCGGAAAGUAGCUUUUUGGAAGACCCUGAAGAUAUCAUUCUAGAUGGUCUAUCAGUAGAAGGAGCAAUGACAGAAGAUGGAAGUUUCAGGAUAGACAUGAUUGAGAUGGAUUCAUUGAAACUGGAUGUGACGGAGUGA